AUGCAACAAAAAAUUCCGACUAUAAUUAUUGUUGGUGCAGGUCUAGGAGGCCUUACCCUUUAUCACGCUUUGAUAAAGAAUAAAGAUAAAAAAGAAUUCAAUGUAAAAAUCUUUGAUCGAGAAUCCAGUCCUCAAGAACGAUGGCAAGGAUAUCAUAUAGGCAUAAACAAUUAUGGUGCUCGAUCUCUUAUAAAUUGUGUUCCUUCAUCGAUCGCUUUAAACCUUCCAAAAGCAAUUCCAAAUUCAGUUCCUAAUAUAGAAUAUCAUGGAUUUUCACUCUCCGACCAUAUGGGAAACCUGCUAUUAAGACCUCCAACUAAACAAGCUAAAGAUGUUUAUGAAGUUGCAAAUAUAUCCGUUGGUUAUUCAAUAAUUGUAACUUACCGUGAUAAACUUAGACAUGUUUUAUUAGAAAAUGUGCCAGUUCAAUGGGGUAAAAAAUGUAUUAGAUAUGAAGAAACUGAUGAUGGUGUUUGGGUACUUUUUGAAGAUGGUUCGAAAGAAUUUUGUGAUAUUUUAGUUGGUGCAGAUGGUAUCAAUUCUCCAGUUCGAAAACAAAAAUUACCCGAAUUACAAAUUUUUGAUUAUGGAAUAACCAUGAUUGUUACAGAUGUGGCCGUACCUAAAAAUCUUAUAGACAGAUUAACUAAACUAAAUGGAAACGGUACAUUUCGGGGAACUCUUGGAUUAAAUGGAGAAGCUUCGGCUACUAUUCUUCGUUUUAUUCCAAUAGAACAAAAAAAUUAUGAGGAUAAAAGUGAACCUUAUUAUAGGACAACAAUAUUUUUUGAAUAUCCAUCUAAAUUAGAUGAUGUUGAACAUGAUAAAAUUAAAGUUGAUGAUAAUGAUCCUGCAUCUGUUGUUGAUCAUGUUAAAUAUAUGAUUCGAAAAUUAAGACCAGAAUGUGAAAUGACUGACAUUUUGUUGGAACUAUGGAAUUUGGUUCCUAAAACGACUUCUAAAACUUACAAUCCUGUACGAAGAAGAAAGAUGCAAGAUAUUGAUCCAUUAUCUGUUAAUGCAUGGACGAGUAAUAGGAUUACAUUAUUAGGAGAUGCCGUUCAUGCUACGAGUCCUGUAUUAUCAUCAGGAGCAAAUAAUGCUAUUCAAGAUGCUGAAGUUCUUUCUAAUGCAUUACUUAAUUAUUCCCCAGAAAAUUAUAUUUCUUGUAUUAAAGAAUAUGAAAAUGAAAUGAAAAAACGAAGUUCCGCUGAAGUACUAAAAUCUAGACAUGUAGAAUUAAAACAAACUUCUCCGGUUGGAUAUAUUGGUUCUAUUUUUAGAAAUAAUUCUAUAAGAGUUUCAAAUUUUAUCAUGAAUUUAUUUGAUUAUAAUUUUCUUGCUAGGAAGAAUUAAAUUUUUACAAUGUUAUAUAUAUAUAUAUAUUUAUUUAUUUAUUGUACUUUUAGCUUUUCCAUAUCAUGAAUAGAAUAAAAAAAAA